CUCAUGGGUUAGGAAAUGUUUGGGUCUACUUGCUUUACUAAACCAUAGGAAAGUAUUUCUUUCCUGAGCUGGAGCAGCUGAAGUGAUCGUAGUUUAUGUUUCAGAAAAACAAACAAGUAGACAGUUAAAGGUUAAUUUCGCCCACACCAGUUGUACUGUUGCUGAGCCACAAGUAACUACAAAUGUGAAUUAUGGACCUAUUUUUUCAGUUCCAACUUUGAUCAUAAAAUCUUCUUUGUCGUGUAUACGGCUAUGGCUGAGAAGUUGCACACAACAGCGAUAUAGAUUUAACUGUAUCUCGUGCCCUACGUGUGUGCAGCCUCAUGUACACAGCUGUACCUUAUUAACAUAUUAAUAAUUUAUGACUCUUUGAAGUCCAUUACUAAACUUUAAGUGACUAUAAAUCACUGUUUCCAUGUAAAAGAUUUUACCAAAUAUUUAUUGCUUGUGUUAUAUAAACGAAAGACUGGAGCUGAAAAAACGUAAAGCGCAAAGCUACUCCAGUGAUGACACAGAGAGGAACUUUCGCGUCAGAGCCCGUGGCAGGGAGGCACGUAGUAGCUCAGACCACGUGCCCUCGGACAAUGGCAAUGGACGAAAGUCAGCAUUUCGGAGCUACUGUCACCGAGCCUUCUUUAACAGAUUAUCACACAUGUCUAGUCAAAAGUGGUUACAAUAUUGAACCCCUGCUUUUCAGCAAUCACCACCGGCGUGCUUUUUCCUUGUAUAACGCCGACAGACAGCCUGCUGUAGACGUAGCCUUCUUGUUGGCCUGCAGAGACGGCAAUCUUUUCCAACUGAGAGCAGCUAUACAACGUGGACCUUCUCCAGCUACUGUGAACCAACAGGACCACUGCGGAAGGACUGGCCUGAACCACGUGUGUGCCAACGGACAAUUGGUUAUGUUGCAGCUGUUAGCAGAUCUCUCAGGCGUGGACCCCAACUUACCAGAUAACGAAGGGUGUACACCCUUGAUGAUGGCCUCCCAAGCUGGUCACGUAGAAAUUGUAACCUUUUUGUUGAGAGUGUUCCGUGAGAUUAUUAUGGUGGACCAAAGAAAUGUGUUUGGCGUCACUGCCCUAAUGAAGGCGUCAUUGCAGGGUAGAGGGCGCUGUGUGAAAGUGCUUCUUGCUUCAGGUGCCAAUUCACUAUUGAGAGACCCCAGUAGGAAAUUUUGUUCAUUGGACUGGGCUCGAUUUUGUGGCCGACAAAACUGCGUCGAGAUUUUGGAAAAGUUCAUGAAAACAACCGCUGGAAAGGCUUGUUUGGCCAACCAGCAAAAAAUAAGUGGUAGCAAGGAUAAGUGGUCCAGCGACCCAGACCUACAGUCUCCACUCUACAGCAACGCCUCACUUCCUGACAUGCACACUGGAAAAACAACGUCAAAACAUGUGGGUGGUGAAAACGGAUGGUUUAAACAAAAACUUCGUAAGACUUUCAAAUAUUCUGAUAAUAAAAACCGUCGAAGCGCUGAUUUUAGUAUAUUUAACAAUAUUACAGCAGCAACAAUGUUGUGUGCUUCCUCGGCCAUUCUACAAAAUGUGGAAUCAGAUUCAAAUUCCAGUAAUAUUGAUGGCAGUCAACGCUCAAAUGAGAAGAAAAUUAUCAUACCCAAGGUUGAACUGCCCUCAGAUGGAUGCUCAGUAUCUCCUAUGGAAAUCACAGUUCAGAACCCACCUGUAACAGCCAAUACUGAAAGUGGACAUUGUGCUCCUAAACCACCCAGACCACCACCGCCACCACCGGCUAGGAAAAGAGAUAGUAAGCUUUGAAAUGUUAAAUGUGAUCAAAGUUUAAUAUUUAUGAUUUAUAAUGUUUGUAUUUGAAACUUUACGCUUGUUGUAAUAUACAGGAUGUUGAAAAGGACUGCCCUUUAGAAGAAAACGUUUCACAAUACUAAAAGACCUAAUAACUUUGUCCUUCUGCGCUAAUUUUAUAUGAGGUAUUUCUAAAGAGUCCCUAAUGCACUUUUCAUUCCUUCUCCACAAGUGACUUUUGAAAUGCAGCCAACGGCUGCUAGUUUUUAUUUUGGGACGAAGCUGGUCUUCUUUAAUCAUUUGUGUUGGGCACUUAGUCAAGAUAAAAAAAAGACUCUUACUAGAACUGUGUAUUAGAACUGUUAGACAAAAUUGAAAUUCCAGUAUAGUUGUACAAACUACACAGCCUUUUUCAGAAUUCACAAAAAUAAAUCAGGUUGCUGGUAAAACAAAAUACAAGUUUUUGUCUUACAAGCCAACUCUGUUUAAGACAAUUAUCUUGAAUAAAAAGACGAGAAUACAAAUGAAAUUCUUAUACAGUCUAAACAUUUUGAUUGUACAUUUUUUUGUCGCUUGUCUAAAGUUUUCUUCUAAAAAGCUGCAUUUUCAAACAUCCUUUUAUAGAUAUAUUUCUUCUUAAAUAUUGCGUGCUCAACCAGCCUCAUUUACUGUUGUAAGGCGUAACUACUACUUCUGAUUGUAUUCAAAUACUUACGCCGAUACAUUAAAGUGUAUAACAAGUAGAAAGGAAUUGUAACAGCACUAAAGAUCAUUACUAUGGAAUACUUUAAUAGAGUAAUGAUAUUAUGAGUUUUGGAAUGAAAAACACUUCGAUGUUAUAAAUUAAGAUGUAGGACGUACAUUACUUAUUAUUUUCAUAUCAAUGGUUGAAAGAGGUGCGUUUAGAGUUUUAACAAUUAAGGAUAUUUUUAUAUAAUACCUAAACGUUAUUACUGUACUGAAUACUUAAUUAAAUAACUUUCCAAGUCCCUAAAAAGUAAUUGCUUUUUCAGUAUUAGGUCAAAGAGCAUAAAACGCUUUGUUGAUCUGGUGAAACGACGACGAAAUUUGUAUUGACUGUUUACAGUUUUACAGACUAAGUAUAUGUAAACCAUUUUUUUCCAUUUAAGUUACGGUAUUGAUUUUAUUAUACGUGAUAGUUAUAAUUUUCAUCUGUGCCAGUAUAAUGGUCUGAUACACUUCACGAUUUCACAAUAACGAAAUACAUAUUCUAAUUCUGCGUAACAGUUUCGUUGAAUAGUAAGUUACCAGACUUUUUACACUCACAUUCGUGUAAUGUGAUAUAUUUGUCUUUCUUUUUACCCUUAAGCAUUAAAUUAAAAAAGAAAUUCGGGAAACAUUACUAUAGUACGAUUUUACAGUAAAGUUCGAAAUUUCAAUAGCACCUUUUGCAGGCAACACCAGUGG